GUCCAUAUUUCAUUCUUACUCGAUCUUAGGAGUGUUGAGUAUGCGCUUUAACAAUUUUGCAUUUAUUAUUAUUAAUGUGACUUAACCGGAGCCUUUGUAACACCUGCCUCGUUUUAGUAGCUAACUGUAAAAAAGAAAACUCGAGCUGGCAGCAGUCCAGUAAUACAAUUAAGUUCGUGAUGGCCUAUAGUUGCUGGCUCGAUCGGCGUCCCGUCAACCAUUGAUAAGACGAGAGGAAGUGAUUAACUCAUUAAGCAAAAUUUUAAGCCGAUGAGGACGACCAGUCCCUAUAAUUGUGUUCUGAACGUUUCAUUUAUCGUUUUUAUCGCUUGAGCGCUGACUUUGGUUUUAGUCUGAUAUUUUUUAAGUCCCGAUAUCGCUUGAUUCUCAGACGGUCGGGCGGAGCGUUUAUUAUUUUAAAAAAAAAGAAAAAAAAAAGCACGUUCACAGUGGACGAAGCCAACGGCUGUAAAGAAAUAUUUGCAAAAACUAUUUGGACUACCAUGCACCAUACAAUUUUCACCUAACGUAAUUUAUAUGCAUUACGGAUACGUUGAUAUUCGAUAAAAUCAAGUUUACAAUUAAAGGAGGUUAGGCUGAGAAAUGACGACUUGCUCAGUCUGCAUGGCUGCUUCACUCUGCGUGUAACCAUAAACACCAAGCAGCCUGCACAGGUUUGCGAAAGUGUGACUAGCCAUCUCAAAACGGUGUAGAAAAGUGCGUUUUACAUCCUAAGGUAAUUUCUACUCCUAAAAUUAAAAGUCAAGCAUGGCAGGUUACCUUUGUGGCAGACUCGGUUUAGCCAUGCAGUGAAAUCCUAACAAAUGAUAAUGAAAUUAAUAAAACCAUGUAUAAUUAUCCAGCAAAAACAGUUAAAUUGAUCAUCUUAAGACAUUAACUAAAUUUAAUUAAAGUAUGAUUUUUGGAGGAGUUUGUAUGAGACAAUAGGGAAAGCAAACAGCUGUCUGAACUGUGUGAUACUUUCUCAUGUAGGACCUGGCUAUAAUUCUCUUGGCUACGCCGGCAAUGUCCUCUUAUAAUGUCACUUUAAUAUUCUGGAUCAGAGUUUCACAUACAUAUAUUAAUAUCCAUCAAAACUGUAAAACAGAUUUAUGUUAUGCAUUUUGGAAUAUUAUGGAGAGUUUUUAAAAGUGACAGGUGUAGAUAAUAGGAACUGAAUUUGUAAGCCCAUUUUCCCAUCUGGAGGUGAUUUCAGUGCACAGCACACCCAAAACUACCUGUCACUCAACUAUACUAGAGACUUAAAUGUCAGCCAACAGAUGACACUGUGGCAGAAACAGUCUUGUUAGAUGAAAAAUAGGAGUAGCCAGUGAAAAAUAAAUCAGACAUGUACAUUGUCUGAUGCAGCCUGAUCCUUUCUACUCGCAUAACAUGAUAUAUACAUAUAAUAAUAGGAAAGAACUAUGAAUUUACAUUGAUUCAUUGGAUGCUAAAGUUGUGGUACUGUAUAUGUUAUUUGAGUGUACAUGUAUUUGGCUUAAGUAGUAAUAUUUAAACCCUGAGUCAUAAUAUUUUAGGCAAUGCUCAUAAAACUUGUGAUUUUUAUGUGCUGUUAUUUUUAGAAAUCUGGAUCACAAAAUACGAAAGUUCACAUUUACCGGAUCAGUAUGUGUUCUGUUACAAAGCAAAACUGAGUACUCUGUAGUUGCCUGCAACACUGGGAAGAUGGAAGCUAAGUCAGGUGGAUGGCACUUCCCUUUAUCCAGCACCACAAACAUGGCAGGACUAUUGCUGCUUGUGACAUGCAUAUGCGGACAGCAGUCACUACCAUUGUGGAAGAUGCAGUUAAUUAAUUAUACAGAUUGGAACGGCAACUACUUAUACAGGGAAAGAAGCUACGCAUGCAGUUUAAAGAUUCUUUCUGUUCAGCCUGACAGGAAUCGUGGUGCAUCACUUACAUUUAAGGCUAAUAGUACUCAUUUUGAUAUGUUAGCCACUUCUAUUGACGAUGUCUGGGUAACAUUUAGGACUGAGGCUUCAUAUCAGUCCAGUGAACACUUUUUUGGAUCUGAUGGGUUUGAGUUUCAUGCAACAAUGGUGCCAUCAGGGAAUUUGUAUUAUUUGUCUGGGAACAUCACCAAACCAAAUGGCACUGAUUUUCGUGAUAUCUAUUUUCGACCACAGGCAGGAUCUAAAUUUCGUAUAGUAUCUGGCUCCAGCGCCAUGUCAGUUGGUUUACCAGUGGGAAUCUCUCUGGGCCUGCUCGUUAUCUGUGUUUCUAUUGCCAUCAUUAUCCUUCGCUGGGGAGUGAGAAAUGGCUACCUUCGCCAUGUGGCAUGGUCAUACAAAUUAUUCCGCAACUCCCAGGAGCCAGUGACCUUCAGUACUAGUGAACAGGAUCAAGAGACGGGAGUGAACGUCCAUAUAUAACCAUGGUUGUGACAACAAAACUCAGGCAGGAUAAAGGUGACCAGUAAGCUACCAUGGAAAAAUGAUGCAAAACAGGCUAAAAGUACAGGCCUGUUGAUUGUUUUGGCAUAACACAUGACAUAAACUUCUUUUUACUUAGAUGAUCUUAAAAUAUUUAAGUUAUCCAACACUUUUUUCACGUGCUGUGUAUUUCUAAAUCUGUUCACUUAGUAAAAAUUGUAUUCACCCCAGUAGUGGAUUUUUUGUCCACCCAUUUCAUAAAAUGCAUUCCAGGUAUAGUGAUUUCUUUUGUAAACUUAAAUUUCUAUGCAUUGUGUAAUAUUAUAAUGCUUAAAAUGUCAGUAUAUUUUUCCAAAUAUUCUCUGAUCUAUCAGCCAGUUAUAUUUUUAUAGCAUUUGAAAUUUCAUUAUCCUCUUGAAGACCUCUUUAAACAUUCAAGUGUAGCAUAAUUCUGGUCAGUUUGAAAUCACUUUUACGUCAUGUAUGCUGAAAAUUUGCAUCUUUCUAAAAUAUGCAGUUUUUAGAAGUAUGCAUUUUUUUUAAUUUACAAGAUGAAAAACUGAAUUUGUUUUUUUGUCAAUUUGAAAACAUUAGCUUUAUCCUUUUCCUUCAACUUCUGAAGCAAUAUUAAAAAUACUUUAUUCGAGACUAAAAAUCUAUUAUUUUUUCAGCUCCUAAAAAUAGCUGAGAUGUGGCACAGUUGAAGUGCCUUAGCAUGGAGGUUAAUGACAUGAAGAAAUGAUGAGUUUUUAGGAAGAAUUUCUACCACUUAAAAUGAAUUGCAUUGAUCAUAGCACAAUCUGUUGGUUGUAAGAACAGGUGGUUUCUGUUUUUGUUUGAGAAAACUGAAUGCUUACACUUAUUGUCAUGCUACUUUUGUGUCCCUUUUCAAAAUUUAAAAAAGACAACAUUGUACAUAUCCUAGUAAACUGCUCACAUUCAAAUAUAAAAUUUGGUAUGGUUCAGCCAAUGUAAUUAGUGGCAGCUUUUUUGUGGAAGGACAAAUGAUAUAGGUAAUGAUCAUUAGCCUACCUAACUACUUAAUUGGCGCCUUUCAUGGACUAUGGCCACCUGUUGGGUGGGGGGAGGGGGCGGGUUCCGCAGCAUUUUAGUUUUUAUACAAGUGCAGGGGAAUUUUGAGAGACUAUAAAUUAAUUACAUGUGAAGAUGUCGAUAUGGUUUUUUUCAGAAACUGCACUGGUGGGUUUGUCAAAAUACUAGUUUUUGUAAAUAUUAACUUAUACUUCUUGAUGCACUUUACACAUCAGAAUGUAAUUGCUUAAUUAAUGUAUUUACCACUUCCUAACAUUCUUUUAAAUUAAGGUUUUGAAGUGAAAGCACGAACACUUACAUAUCAGAUCAAGAUUUGCUUGUUUAUUUGUAUAUCAAGUAAAUAACUGUUUUGAUGUAACACGUUUGAUCCAGGUGAAUGAUUCUUAAUAUUUAGUGUACUUCUCUUCUUUACCUCAUAGUCUUCAUUCCUGUUCAUCUGUCAUAGUGUCUGAAGCGCACACACUCUCUCUCUCUCUCUUUUUCUUAAGCAUGAACUUUUUUGCUGUUGGUAAUUUUGAUAGUGUACACAGAUGCCAGUAAUCACAGAAGCAUUAAUGUAAGUAUUAACGUAAUGUGAUAAAUCACAUUUGUCCAAAAUGUUCAGCUGAAUAAUUCAGUUUGUUGUAAUACUGGGUUGGAAACAGAAUUAAUGCUGUUAAAUACCACAAAAUGAUCAGUCCCUAUCAGUAUAGCCUGUCUUAUGAAAACUUGUGUGUGAAAAUAGUAGAAUUAAUGCUGUUAAAUACCACUUGGAAUACAAAAUGUUCCUAUAAUUCUUGGAUAAUUUUAAGCAUUACAUUGCAUCCAGCAGAACAACAACCUGGCAUUCCUGUAAACUUAACAGAGCCACGGGGAUUUUGUCUGUCUUGUGUUUUUUUUGUUUGUAAUGUAUGUAAAGCCUGGCUUUUGCUGUGAUACAGUGCUAUAAAAGCUCACACCAUUAUUAUUAUUUGGAUCAAUUGCCAUACAUUCCAAGGAUCUCAACAGAUCAUAGAAAUGUUGCAAGCGUUUCUGCUUGUUUCUGCUUUGUUAUAUUUGCAAUAGUUGUGGUGUGUAGAAAGUGUAACAAUAAGCAGGUUUUAUUAACAUCAUUAUAUAAAGUAGUUCAACUUGGAAUGUUAUUUGUAUCUGAGUUAGAAUAUCAUUGAGGAAAUGGCCUGAUGGGACAUUGCUUACAACAGACAGGACAUGAACAGCCACAGCAGAUCUCAAAUUUGAGAAAACCAUUUUCCUUUAAGUGAUUUUGUGUUAUGGGCAUUAAUUAGUGUUACAAAUGGUGGUGGGGUAAAGCUAUUAACAUUAUUAUUAAAUAUUGUUAUGAAAAUUGCAACUUGUUAAAUUAUUUUGGAUUUGAUGAUGAGACUGAGAGAGGAAUCAGAAUCUUUAAUAUUAAAAAACCAAUAAAAAGUCUUAGUGUAUAAUUAUGCAUGUUUGCAUGUUUAUAGGCUAUAGGCAUGUAAAAAAUUUGAGACACUGAAAAGAACAAGAGACAACAUCAACU